AUCUCAGUCUCCUUAGUAGCUAGGAUUACAGGUGUGAGGCAUCAAUACCUAGCAUUUGGAAUUACUUUUUGUAUAAAAAUUUGAAAGCUUGCUAUGAAGAACAUAUUUUGUCAUUUUUCACUUUCUUCCAGAUUAUAAUUUGGAAUUAUUUUGAAUGUAGCCUGUCUUGGUCUUCUUCUUUUUUUUUUUUUUUUAAUCAGUUUUGGUUUUUACCUUCUUGCACUUGAGAGCCUUUUCUAGCCAACAUAUAGAAGUAUAUCUGUAGGUCUGUAGGGACCAAACCGGCGUCAGGGUUGUUUGCUGUGGUCCUGUUUGUGUGGAAAGAAUGGUUAUUACCAGGGAAGGUUUUCCUUUUGUUUUACUUGCUAUCCAGAUGCUGCUCAGACUCUGGCUCUCGCACAGGAUCACAGUAUGGAUAUUCCAAGUCAAGACCAACUGAAGCAAAGUGUGGAGGUAAAGCCCAGUUCCAGGAAAAGAACUGAAGAAGGUGAUAUUUCCACACUACCUAUCUCACAGCAUAAACGCAGAAAUUCUAGAGGAGAUGAAGACUUGAUAGGAAAUUUAACUCAAGAUGAAACAUCUAGGCUGGAACUUGAUUUUGAGGAGUGGGAUGUAGCUGGCCUGCCUUGGUGGUUUUUAGGAAAUUUGAGAAACAACUAUACACCUAGAAGUAAUGGAUCAACUGAUUUACAGACAAACCAGGAUAUAGGUACUGCCAUUGUUUCAGACACUACAGAUGAUUUGUGGUUUCUAAAUGAGUCAGUAUCAGAACAAUUAGGUGUUGAAAUAAAAGUUGGAGCUGCUGAUUCUGAACCAGAAGUAGGGAAAGUGAAUGACAAAAAGGUGAUUGAAGUGGUAAAAAAUGAUGAUUUUGAGGACUCUAAGUCCUUAAAUAGUGAUACUGAUGUAGAAGUUACCUCUGAGGAUGAGUGGCAGUGUACUGAGUGCAAGAAAUUCAACUCUCCAAGCAAGAGGUACUGUUUUCGUUGCUGGGCCUUGAGAAAGGAUUGGUAUUCCGAUUGUUCUAAGUUAACUCAUUCUUUCUCCACGUCUGAUAUCACUGCCAUACCUGAAAAGAAGGAAAAUGAAGGAAUUGAUGUCCCUGAUUGCCGAAGAACCAUUUCAGCUCCAGUUGUUAGACCUAAAGAGGGAUAUGUAAAAGAAGAAAAUUCCAAACUUUUUAAUCCCUGUAACUCAGUGGAAUUCUUGGAUUUGGCUCACAGUUCUGAAAGCCAAGAGACUAUUUCAAGCCUGGGAAAACUAUCAGAUAACCUUUCUGAACACAGAACAGAUAUGGAAAGUAUAGAGGAUUGCCAGAAUAUCUUGAAGCCUUGUAGUUUAUGUGAGAAAAGACCUCGAGAUGGGAACAUUAUCCAUGGGAAGACAAGCCAUCUUACCACUUGUUUUCCAUGUGCUAGAAGACUAAAGAAGACUGGAGCUUCGUGCCCUAUUUGCAACAAAGAGAUUCAGUUGGUUAUUAAGGUUUUUAUAGCAUAGUUGAAUCAGUUGUAGAGAAAUAUUGGGAGGAUUAGGUCAUUCAUCAAACCAUCAGUAUUCUUGUGAGGCAGAGGCAGGAAGAUUACAGGUUUUAGGUCAUCUUGGUCUACAUAGUGAGACUGUCUCCAAAGAAAAGUAAAGCAAUCAGUAUUGUGCAUCUACUCCAUGUGGCCUACUGUAUGUGUUCAUUUGCUCAUGUGAACAUCUGUUUUGGGUCAUUUUUUGCCUCUCAUAUGAAAUUUGAGAAUAUUUUAGAACUAGAUAUCAAUCUGGGGACUAUAUGAACACAGUAAAAUAUGUAAGGCAUUUCAUUGUCCCUCCAAAGAUGACAAUUUGGGAGGAAACUUAUCAGUACAAACAAAAAUGCAUUCAUUUAUUUACUUACCAGAUUGUCUGAAGACUUAGUUCUUUAAUUGUUCUCUACCCUACUUUACAUUCUUCUGUUGUCAGAAUCCAAGGUAGUUAUUUAAAAAAUGCUAGGGGGCUGGAAAGUUGGCUCAGUGGUAGAGCACUUGCCUUGCA